AUGCUAAAAUGUUGGAAUUGCGGAGGGGCUGCGGCCUUGAAACGAUCCGAAGACAGUAAUGCAGUGUGCAGAAAGUGCUUCAUUGAACUUUUUGAGCUGAAGGUUCAUGAAACAAUCUCAAAAAAUGAGAUAUUCAAACGUGGUGAACGUAUAGCAAUUGGUGCAUCUGGUGGUAAAGAUUCAACUGUUUUAGCCUAUUUGCUGAAUACCUUGAAUAAGCGAUAUGAUUAUGGAGUGGAACUGAUCCUUCUUUCUAUUGACGAAGGCAUCAAAGGAUAUCGUGACGAUUCAUUGAGAGCAGUUGAAAGGAAUCGUACGGAGUAUGGACUUGAGCUGACGAUUCUGUCAUACAAAGACCUGUACGGAUGGACAAUGGAUGAGAUUGUUGCGAAAAUCGGCAAAAAGAAUAACUGCACAUUUUGCGGAGUUUUCAGACGUCAAGCACUGGACAGAGGAGCUCAGAUGCUGAAAGCGAAUAAACUUGUGACUGGACACAAUGCGGACGAUCUGGCCGAAACAGUGCUAAUGAAUAUACUAAGGGGUGAUAUUGCUAGAUUACAACGAUGUACCAGUAUUAUUACUGGUGCAGAUGGAUGUUUACCUCGCGUUAAACCCUUCAAGUAUACGUUCGAGAAGGACAUUGUGAUGUAUGCACAUUUCAUGAAACUUGACUACUUCUCAACCGAAUGCAUUUAUGCACCAAACGCAUAUCGAGGAUAUGCGAGAACAUUCAUUAAAGAGUUGGAAAGAAUAAGGCCUCGAGCUAUUUUAGAUCUGAUUCGUUCAGGUGAAGAUUUGGCGAUUCGUGGAGAGGUUGCCUUACCCGAGCUAACCAAUUGCGAGAGGUGUAAAUAUAUUUCAUCUCAAAGACUAUGCAAAGCGUGCCUUUUGUUGGAAGGAUUGAAUACAAAUGAUUUAACAAUGGGAGUGAAAAAAGUACGUCGUUUCUAA